AUGAAGUUCUCCCUCGCCCCCGUUGCGCUCCUCGCCUUUGCCGCUGGCGCUGCCGUCGCCCAGGAGAGCUCGGCCUCCUCCAUGUCCUCGUCCAUGAGCGGGUCCAUGUCGUCGUCCGCUAGCAGUGCCGCACCCACCUCCAUGUCGGCCUCCAGCGGCGGAUCCGGCGGCUCGGGUGGAUCCAACGUCUGCACCGUCCUUGGCGGUGACCCGCAGGCCCAGCCCGCAGGAUGCCCCUACAGCUCCACCACCACCCCCACCUACGACCUCAGCUCGCUCAUCUCGUACUUCAUCGGCGGAUACACGCGUGGCCCCGAGGGCAAGUCGCCCGAUGAGGUGGCCAACGAGAUGGCUGGCUCCGUCCUCCAGUACUACCCCACCCUCACCACGCCCAAGUCCGACCUGCAGAAGGAGUUCGCCUCCGCCAUCUCGGCCACCAUCAACGCCAUCGCAGACGGCAAGCUCCAGGCAUCCGACCUCGCCCCCGCCUCGCGCAACGUGCCCGAGAACGCCAUCAAGUACGGUGCCGCCAUCGCUGCCGUCGUUGCCGCCGGUGCCUGGGCCCUCUAA